AUGACAAGUUCACUCACCUUUGAAUGGCUGCCCUUUCAUAUACAGAUUCUCCCAGACGACCUCCUUGUGGAGAUUCUCAUGCGCCUUCCGCCUGAGCCCAUCAAUCUCUUCUGUGCUUCCCAUGUCUGCAAGCACUGGCGCAGCCUCAUCCACGACGCCCGCUUCCUCUUCCGCUUCCACGAGUUCCACCGGGGGACUCCUCCCGUGCUCGGCUUCUUCAGCAACCAGCCAUCGCUUCCGUUCUUCUUUUCCAUCACCAACACCUUCGCGGGCUCCGCUGUUGGCAAGAUUGACCACGACUAUUUGUCGGUCUUGGACUGUCGCCACGGUCGUGCCCUCCUGGAAUGUAAGUGCUGCAAUGAGCUGCUCGUCCUGGACCUUGUGACCGGUGACACGAUCUGGCUGCCGUAUCCCACGCAGCUCCCCAAGCAGGCCACAUACAAUGGCGCGGUUCUCUGCGUUGCUGGCCACGACAACUGUCAUUCGUGCCCGGUCCUUGUGGUGCUAGUGUUCAGUAACAAGGUUGAUUUCAUCACCGCGGGCUGCGUGUACUCGUCCGAGACUGGCGUCUGGGGUGAGAUCACUUCGAUUCAUAUGCCUGAUUCAUUUGUCGUCCCAUUGCCGACGGUUCUGGUUGGAAACACACUGUACUGGCUGUUGGACAACGAUCGCAUCAUUCAGUUUGAUUUGGAUAAGCAUAGAUUGGAUUUAAUUGAGGAGGUGCCACAUAGCUACUGGAAGCAGGUUAUCAUCAUGCGCGCGGAGGAUGGAGUUGUUGGUUUUGCUGGGGUUGAUGAUUCGAGUCUCCAUUUGUGGUCAAGGGUAGGUAGCAUUGAUGGGGGGGUACCAUGGACACGUCGCAUCAUUGACUUGGAAGAGCUUCUUGGGCCGGAAACAUCGCUUUGUCAUCCGUUGCUUGUUGGCUAUGCGGAAGAUGCUGAUGUGAUCUUCAUUCGUGCGUAUACUAGCGUCUACAAGAUCCAUCUCAAGUCCAUGAUGAAGAUUGAGCGGUGGAAUGAACUUGAUAUUGGGUUUCCCAUUUUUCCUUACACAAGAUUCUACUCUCCAGUAAAAGCUCUUGGCGCCUACUGCCUGGCCGCAGAGCCAUCUUCUUUCUUGGCGGCGCCCUCCCUCGCCUGCUCGGUGUCACGGAUGCCGGGCUCGCGCUCCACUUUGGCAGGGGAGAGACCACGUAGACGUCAUGCUCUCCAACCUGCAGGAGAACGCGCUCCAUGGCGAUGAACGUGAGGACGGCAUGCUCGAGA